AUGCUUAUAUUGUACAAUAAUAGCCUUAACCGAAGAAAUCUCUCAUGGGUGAACGAGGAUCCCCAAUACACAGAUCUUACCCCAGUAGGGGCAAAACCCUAUACAUUGUUCAAGUCGAUCUACACCAAUAACACAAACAGCAACAAGGUCCAAUUUCUCGCACAUUUCAGACCACAAGAGUAUUCAUUCAAAACGGAACGAACAACCGAGUCGCUUUGUUCGAUAUCCAGAGACCAAGGCUAUACAAUGGGUGCCGAAGCGGAACUAACGUUGAAGACUCCUUGUGCGUUUGCUAUCUUUUUUGUUCUUACUAAAUAUGGGGGUUUCAAGGUGCGGAGACCCUUGCGAUUAAGCACCGUCAAAAAUGCCUUGAAACAGAUGCUAAAAUCCAUGCCACUGAACCGAGGAAAUUUUGGCUUACUUCUCAAACAUAAAAUAAAAGUUCUGCGAAACAAUGAAAAAAAUCGGUAA